AUGGCUUUCUUUAGCCAUGGGAUAGCUCUGUUGCUCACAUUGCUCCUGUCGCUGAUAUCAUGGGCACAUGCGUCGGACCAGGGGGUCAAGGCCACAGGCAACACGGUGCGCUUUAAUCUCACUCUGACGUGGGAGGACUGGGCACCGGCGGGUACAACCCGGAAGACAAUCCUUACCAAUGGGCAAUUCCCCGGUCCUUUGCUUGAGGUGGACCAGGGCGAUGAUGUGGAGGUUAUGGUUGUCAACCAGCUUCCUCAAGGGACUACAAUGCAUUUCCAUGGGAUCCCCCAGAUAAACACACCGUGGUCGGACGGAACGCCGGGCCUGUCCCAGAAACUGAUCCCAUCGGGUGGUCAAUUCCUCUACAAAUGGCGCGCGACAGAGUACGGGAGCUACUGGUAUCAUGCUCACUCACGGGGACAACUUGAAGAUGGAUUCUACGGGCCUAUCUACAUACGACCGAAUAGAUCGGUGACAAGGCCAUUCGGACGGAUCACCACAGAUAAGAAGUCUCUUCUUGCCAUGCACAAAGCGGAGGACACGACUACACCGAUCAUCCUGUCGGACUGGCGACAAUUGACAUCGGAAGAGCUGUGGGAUGCUGAGCAGGUGUCGGGACUGGACGCGAUGUGUGCCAACGCUCUCUUGAUCAACGGCAAGGGGUCGAUAAGCUGCUUAGGUAGAAACAACCUGAUGUCGCUCCUAUCCGACGCCCGAAAGGAAGUGCUGGGCGGUAACAUAACUGACAUCGGGUGCAUUCCGCCUGUGAAUACAGGUGCCCAGGGCGAUUACCAGCACAACAUGAGUGCGCUUCCCCAAUCGGUCUUCUCGGGUUGUACUCCCUCUGACGGCCCGACUGAAACAAUACUCGUCAAGCCCUAUUCAAGAUAUGCCAGUUACGAUCUUAUCAGCGCGGCUGGUGUUUCAUCGGUCAUUUUCGCCAUUGAUGAGCAUCCCAUGUACGUCUACGCCGUCGACGGACGAUACGUCGAGCCUGUCUUUACUGAUGCAAUUGCUGUCCCUAAUGGAGCUCGUUAUUCCGUCUUGGUCGAACUUGAUAAGCCGGCGGGUGAUUACACCGUUCGUCUGGCAAACCACGGGCUCACUCAGAUUAUCAACACUACUGCUAUAAUGUCCUACGAUACGACUCAUACCACCCAGACAAAUUCGUCUACCCCGUCGAUCAAUGUCGGCGGAGGUGUCAUAUCGGAAAAUUACAUGCUUGCAGAUGAGACCGCGUGGGUUCCCUUCCAGGUGGAGAUACCAUCUCAGGAGGUGUCCCAGACGCAUGUCCUCACUAUUGACCACUACGGCACAUCAUACCGCUGGACCAUGGGCAACUCCAGCUAUCCUCUUUCCCUUGAGGAAGAGUCUCCGGUCCUGUUCGAUCCCUCAUACGCGGAACACGAUCUCAGCAUCCAAACCAACAACGGCACCUGGGUCGACUUGAUCUUCCACAUGGUCAGCACGCUCCAGCCCCCUCAUCCGAUCCACAAGCACUCCAACAAAUUCUUCGUCAUUGGCCAUGGAGACGGCGAAUGGAACUAUACGUCUGUGGCCGAGGCCGCGGAGCUAAUUCCGGAGAGUUUCAACUUCGAAACCCCGCAGAUUCGUGAUACUUUCAUCACUCCUGGGGCUGCCACAGGGAAUAGCUGGCUGGCGAUCCGAUACCAGGUGAUCAAUCCCGGGGCGUUCUUGUUGCAUUGCCACAUCCAGGUUCAUUACAGCGGGGGUAUGGCUUUGGCCGUACUAGACGGUGUGGACGCAUGGCCCGAGGUCCCUGAGGAAUACCGAGAUUCGUCGGGAUUCAAAUCCGAGCAGACGCAGGCAUGA